AUGCCGUUCUUCCAGAACCGCAUUGGCGCCAUUGAUGGGACACAUAUCCCUACUACAAUCAAUGAAGAUAAGGCCCCUCCUUUUAGAAACAGAAAAGGGACAUUGUUCCAGAAUGUUAUGUUUGCUUGUGACUUUGAUCUCAAAUUCACUUUCAUCUCUUGUGGGUGGGAAGGAUCUGCGUCUGAUGCAGGAGUCCUACGUUCUGCUCUUACGAAGGGGUUUCAUGUACCGCCAGGGAAAUUCUACCUUGUAGAUGGCGGAUAUGCUAACACUCCAUCAUAG